ACUUAGAAACUUUGGCGGACUGCUCGUGGGAGGGUAGUGAGCGAUGCCCGCUGAGGUGGAAGGGAGGAAGAUGAAAGAGAAAAGAAGCGUGCGGUGUGGGCAAGAUUCAGUUCCGUUUCCACCCUGAAGCAAGGGAUUCCCGACCUCUUGACGACGUGCUCAACUUCAACCUGCCGUUCUGGGCCCUGAGAAAAAGAAAGGUGAAGGCAGGGAAAAGGAGUCGGUAAUCAAUAAGCUAGUAGCAAACCAAGGCUGGUCCGGGCGCCCAAGUAGUGUCUGGGGGAAAAAGCAAAAACACAAAUGAUUGAAAACCGCUAGAAGUUUAGCUGGCUGUGCGCUGAGACACACACGAACAGUACCAGAACAAAGACUUAUAGCCAAUCCAACGCGACUGGUGGUGAUCUGACAGCAUCUCAGCUAAGGUAAACAGCCUGUGGCGAUGCCACCCGAAGGACCACUUUAUAGAAGAGUCAGGGAACCAGCGUGCUAGCCCCAGGGUGAUGGUCUGGGCAGAAAGAGCGAUGUCCAACCAGACGAACCACGGCGCUGGAACGGGCGAUCAUUGCUCGACAGUAUCCAGGAACCUGGGUAGCACAGCGAGCCGUGCUUGCAUUUCUUUUCUUUGCUUUUCUGUGCCGUUCUCUCCUGGUUGCCCUUCGAUUUCACUUAUUUGGUUUUCUUUGCUUUCCCCUGCCUUGUGCAUAGAGAAGAGAUCCCGUCUUUGCAGGUUUGUUAUUCCAACCUGGGCUCUGGAUCCCGCCGUCCGAUGCAGACCAGUUCAGGAGUGGCGGGUCAUCCUGCAGCUUUGGGAGACAAACAGCCUGGGAGGACCACGCAAGUCUGAGUUGUGGGAGGGAGGGUCGCCUUGUUCAGGGCAGCUGAAUGUCCAGCUCCCAUCUGCACGAAAUUUAAAAGCCCAAGCGGGUCAGUGGAUUGGCUGUUAUAAUUGAAGGGGGGAGGAUGUCGUGGAAGAGCUGAAGCCGAAGUGGAGGGAAAGUUGGGUUGUGCGAACGAGAAGGAUUUAAGACGGGCAUUUGUUGCCACACCCACUCGGAGGCCGCGAUGGUCAGCAACCACCG